CGGAAAACAAAGCGACAGCAUAAACUGUAGUGGGAUCAUGGCGGACGACCACGGCGGCGCACUGGCUGCGAAAGCGCAGGCUGCGUGGAGGCAGCGACCUGCACGGAAGCAGGUUGGUGGUGGUGCAAAGCGAGGUCCAGUGAGGGGUGGGGGAUCGUCAUCCACGCCAGUGGACGGCUCCACAUACAACAUCUGGUACCACAAGCGCGUCGGCGAACGGCAGAGCAAACCAGGACCAGCAACCACCAGAUGCUCUCUGGUCAAGGACGCUGGGUACACAAAGGCGCGCCAGGCUUCUGGCGCUUUCAUCUGCUACAAGUUUGCCAAAGGAUGCUGUCCCCUCGGCGCAAACUGUACAUACUUGCACGAUCUUCCUGAUGCGCAGUUUGACCGGGAGCUGGACCGUGUGCGCGACUGCUUUGGGCGAGAGCGGUUUGCCGACCAGCGUGAGGAUCAGGGCGGCGUCGGCUGCUUCACAAGUGACGAUGAGACGCAGCGCACGCUCUUCGUCGGCGGCGUUCCCUCCGCCAAGAACAUCGAGAAGGAGAUCAGGCGCCAGUUUGGCGAGUGGGGAGAACUCGAGCACGUCGGCUGCUACCCCGAGCGCGCAUAUGCGUUUGUUCGCUACAAGCUCCGCUCGCAAGCAGAAUUCGCCAAAGUUGCGAUGGCGGACCAGUCCUUGAUUGGCGCAGACGCCAUCAACGUGCGAUGGUGCGAUCGAAAUAAGGGGUAA